CUGGCGCCGCGAGGGGCUCGGUCCGGGCCUGUGCCGCGGGCGCCGUCUUGGCCCUGUGGCCGCGCGGCUCCCGGGCGCGACCUGAGGCGAGCCCUGCAGCGGGCCGCCUGGGAGCCGCGGCGAUGUCUCUGCUGCCGCGGCCGAUCCCGGCUCCGUGGGGGUUGCUCCGCUUUCAGCCUGGUCUCGCCGAAAGCUGCCCUCGCGUAGCCUGAAUUUGUGGGUCUAGUGUAGGUUUGGUUUGCGAGCAGAGAGGCAGGACGCGCGUGUGUCUUGGCCUGUUAUUAGUGCGAACGAGGCAUGGUGCAAUUGGCGCGGUUGGCUUGGCUGGCUGAAGUGCUUUGAGACCCCAGUACCUUUUUUUGUGUUGUCCCCAGAAGUUGGUGGACCUUUCGGCAGUUGCUGUUCUGCUUGAGGAACUGGGAGUUUUAGAUAAGAUUCAGUCUUCGUGAAGGCCCUUCAAAAGCUCUUCAGGUGCACAUGGCUUACGCAAUUGGUUUUAUUUAAAAGUAAGUCAGCGGUGAAGGUACACUUGGAAUAAAUCUGAACUGCCUCUGAAAGCUGAUGUGGGAGUUCCCAGUCACCGGGGGGAGAAAAAUAAAAGUGGUUUAGCAUGUAACAUAAGACACAAAUAGAAAAAAAAAAAUCUGCUAGUAUGUUGUGAUACGUUGGACAUGCUUCCUGCAUCAGAAGUCAAUGGAUGAUGUUGAGAUCUGUUUGUCCAAUUGGAAAAGCAGAUUCCAUUUUACAUCAGUAGAAAUGGACAGCAGCAGUUUCAUUCAGUUUGAUGUGCCUGAGUACAGCAACACUGUUCUGAGCCAGUUAAACGAACUCCGCUUGCAAGGAAAGCUGUGUGACAUAAUUGUGCAUAUUCAGGGUCAGCCAUUUCGAGCCCAUAAAGCUGUCCUAGCUGCCAGUUCUCCAUAUUUCCGUGACCAUUCAGCAUUAAGCACCAUGAGUGGCUUGUCUAUAUCAGUUAUUAAAAAUCCCAAUGUUUUUGAACAAUUGCUUUCAUUUUGUUACACUGGAAGGAUGUCCUUACAACUGAAGGAUGUUGUUAGUUUUCUAACUGCAGCUAGCUUUCUACAGAUGCAGUGCGUCAUUGAUAAAUGCACACAGAUACUGGAGAGUAUUCAUUCAAAGAUCAGUGUUGGUGAUGUUGACUCUGUCACUGUUGGUGCUGAAGAAAAUACAGAAAAUCGCAAUGGAGUUAAAGAUGGCAGCUAUUUUGCCAACCCCAUUGAAAUAUCUCCCCCCUAUUGCUCUCAGGUGCGACAGUCAACAGCAAGCAGCGAUCUUAGGAUGGAAACUACUCCAGGCAAAACUCUACGUAGUCGACUGCAAGAAGAAGGGCAUUCAGAUCGAGGAAGCAGCGGGAGUAUUUCUGAAUAUGAGAUUCAGAUUGAAGGUGAUCAUGAACAAGGAGACCUGAUAGUAAGGGAAAGUCAGAUUGCGGAGGUGAAAGUUAAAAUGGAAAAGUCUGACAGGCCAAGUUGCUCUGAUAGCUCUUCCCUUGGUGAUGAUGGAUAUCAUACUGAAAUGGUGGAUGGAGAGCAAGUGGUAGCAGUAAACGUUGGCUCCUAUGGGUCUGUCUUACAACAUGUUUAUUCAUUUACCCAUGCCUCAUCACAGGCUGCAGGUGCAUCUGAAACUUUUGGAAGCUUGAGCAAUUCAAGUCCCUCAAGGUCAAUGCUGAGCUGUUUCAGAGGAGGUCGUGCACGCCAAAAACGGGUAUCCACUGGUCAUUUACAUAGUGAUGUUCAGGGCUUGGUGCAAGGGGCUGACAGUGAUUCUAUGGUGAGUAACGCAGGAUAUGAAAAUAGUCCACGGGAAAGAAAUACAAGAGGUCAUUGGUAUCCAUACAAUGAGAGGCUGAUUUGUAUUUACUGUGGAAAGUCUUUCAACCAGAAAGGGAGCCUCGAUCGGCACAUGCGACUGCACAUGGGAAUAACUCCUUUUGUGUGCAAAUUUUGUGGAAAGAAAUAUACACGCAAGGACCAGCUUGAGUAUCAUAUUCGUGGUCAUACAGAUGAUAAGCCCUUUCGCUGUGAGGUCUGUGGAAAAUGUUUUCCUUUCCAGGGUACACUAAACCAGCAUUUGCGAAAGAAUCACCCUGGAGUAACAGAAGUAAGAAACAGGGUAGAGUCUCCAGACAGAACAGAAGCUUUUGUGGAACAGAAAAUAGAUAAUGAUGCUUCGGCUUCUGAAGCUAUGGAUUCUAGUAUGGAAAUUCAUGCAAUGUCUAGCACAUCUGAUUAAAAUAUUACAUUCUAAGUGCAACACAAACAAGCACAUUAAUAAUGUAUUUUUAAAAUCUUUGAUUCUUUUAGUAAUCUUCAUUACAAGUAUAACAGCCUUUUAAUUUUCCUGACCUUCUGGAAAUCAGUGUGAAAUGGUUUCUGGAAAAGACUACAGAAGUAUUACUUGCUUCUGUAGGAGGUUGGGCUGUUUUUUUGUUUGUUUGUUUUUCCAAUUUUGAAGAUGCUCAAAAUACAAAAAACAGUGUGCUGGGGAAUGGAUGGGAAGAAUCUGCUAAGGUGUCCCUACUGGUUGAUCUGGUAAGACACAAAUUCCAGUGGAGAAAGAUAUUAAAAUAAGAUUGGCAGCUCUGCUGGAUACACCAAGAAGCUGUAGUCUCCCUUAUUUUAUUUCUUAAAUCCUGUUGCUGAUAAAGAGGGUUACACAGCAGUGGGGAGAGAGAAUAUUAUAUAUUUGAUUCCUUCCAUGUGUUCCAAUGAAUUGUGCUUGUUUUUCCAACUGUUUUUGAUAGUUAGUCUGUUUAUAUAUAUAAAUUUGCUUUAUAUAUAUGAAAUGCUUUCACUUUCCCCAUUCUGGUUGAAGUGAAUGUAAAAGUAUGUCAAGGUUUAUACCACGUACCAUUCUUUCAACUACUAGAUCUCCCCUCUGCCUAGGAUUUAGGACUUCAGACUUCGGGAGUCUUGUUUUUAGCAGAAUGUUUGGUUUUCGUCUAAUUAAACUAUUACUUUGUGUGCAAAAGUGAGCAAAGUGAAUUACCUUGUUUUAAUUGCUUUGCUUUAUAACAUUUGUAAACCAAAUGCCAUAAAUCUAUUAAAUUAUGGUUAAAUUGUUAAGGGGUUGUUAGUUGUCUAGAACAUAAACUGGACAACCUGUGGUGCUGACCUUUUUAUAUAUAUAGAGAUAGAUAUAUAUCUAUAUAUAUAUUAAAAAAAAAAAAAAAAAAGGAAAACUAAUAGCAAACCCAGAAGUAGCAUUGUGGUUUUAAAUGUGUUUUUACUGGCCUCAGAAUCUACCUUCAUUUCGUACUGUAGAAGUAUAUACCAGGUAACUAAAUUUAACUUUAUCACUCUUCAUGGUUGGUUGAUACUAACCUGAGAGGUAUCUUGUAGUUUUAGCUACAGUAUUUCCAAGCAGUGUUUUAACAGGUCUCUUCACAGAGAGCUGUUUUCAGGUGCACAUUGACUUCCUACUUACAGCUCCAAGUGAUAUGUCAGCACUUGGAAUUUGUACUUUUUUGUAUUAAAAAACAAACAAAAAAAUAAAAAUAAAUAAUAAUAAUAAUUUAAAAAAAAAAAACAUACUCUAUGGGAACUUCAAGCAAUAUGUCUGUUAUUUCAUGUGCAAGUAUUACAGAGUUGCUGUGGCUUCCCUAUUAUCUUCAGUGGUUGUUUUCUGUUUAAAUGAACCACCAACAACUUUAAAAAUACUCUAAAUAUUGUUGUUUCACCAAAUGUUUUUUUACUAUGGUGCUAACUUCAUCAUUUAGGUCAGUAUAAUAUAUUAAAAUGUGAAACCUAAUGUUAACUGUUAAGCAAAAUAGAAAUUUAAAGACAAAAAAAAAAAAAAAACAAAAACAAAAAAAAAACACCACCACCAACAACAAAAAACAACAAUAGUUUCAGACCUCAAAAGCAUGAGCUGGCAAACACUACUGUGUAAAUUCUACCUGAUAAGCAAAAUUAAAUUAACCACAUGCAUCUUUAAAAUACAUGCUUUAUGUAAUUGGGCCUUAUGCUUUAUUUAGCAAAUACUGAAAAUACAUCUGUGAACAUGUUGUCUGAGACCUGAAAUUUAGAAAGUAUAGUCUCAUUCUUAAGUUACAGGAAAGCAAAAAGAUAAAAAGAUAGCAAACCUAUCUUGUACUGAUUUUUGGGCUCCUGUGAAGUUGGGGCGUAUUUGUGUAGUAGCUUUAUUGAAUACACUAGUUCUUAAUAUUGUGACAGUCUGCAAUAAGAUUUUUAUUAAAUACCAACUUACAGUAUAAACCCACCAGCUCCUUUGGAGCAGCUUCAAUUGAACUGAGUACAUAAUUUGCCUCUUUGUCCUAAAACUGCCUAAAUAAAGUGGUGCAGGGAGGUGAGAUGAUGUUUCUCUCCUUGAACCAAUAGAACUGUUAUUUUCAGUAAGGGAAAUUGUGUGUCUGUGUCUAUGGGAGGUAGUCUGUAUGUUUACCCACUUAAAAACAGGUUGGUGUUUCUGAUACUGUUGUUCUCAUGUUUGCUUUAAGUAAUUAUUUUUUUUUUUAAAUGUGUUUUGACAAAUUAAGUUUGAGACAUGUAAAAUCCAAGAAAUGUACAGUUAUUCUUAACCCUUUAUCUUGGACCUGUGCUGUGGUGCCUUUGGUGUGACUUUUUAAUGGAAGUAUGAGUUGAAGAUAGCAGGAUAUGGGUACUAAUUCUAUAUUUCUUGAAUUUCUGUGUCACAAUCUUAAUAUUAUUUAAAUCUAGUUCUUUGUAUUUGUAAAUUUAUUGAACUGGUUUGAGUUUACCAAAGAGUGACUUAUCCAAAAUUGUCUCUGACAAAAAAAAAAAAAAAAAAAAAAAUCACGCAAAAACAACAACAAAAAUUACUUUGAUUGUACAGGUUCAGGUUCAGAAUAUUGUAACAGGACUGUUAAGGGGCAGGAAGUGAUCACUUUUUCUACAAAACCAUGAUUCAUCAGUUCGCAAGUUUUACUUGUUCCUGUUCAUGUUGAUAUGCCAUUUACCUUUUCCACUGCUAGCAGUGUUAAGAAUUAUCAAGCCAUAACACAGUACUGUAAAGUUCAGCAGUGCUUCAAAGGAUACAUAAAACAUCAUUGAGCAUUACAUUUACACUUAGAAAGUGUGUGACUCUGGUAGAAAGCGAACUUCAAACCUGGCAACAGCAAAUAAUUUGUGCCUUGUCACAUAAUGGUAUGCCAGGUUUAACAUUGUCAUGACACAUGAAGCAUUAUCUAAUUGAAGUUCAUUUCACAAGUCCACCAAAACAGAGUAUGCUGUGUUAUUUUAAGCAGAUAUGGAAGUACUGUACAGUGUCUUGUUUCUGUACAGUUUUAAGUUAGCACAGAAUUGUUACACAUUUCAUUUACAAUAAAUGCAGAAGUCAAUAAAAUAUGUGAAAAAAUAUUUGACAGCAAAAUAAAUCAUGAAAUUAUAUAGGCUGGUUCAUAAUUGAGUCUCUUAAUCUACCUUUUUAUUAUAGACAAAUGUGAAAACAGUGACAGUGUCCUUUUCUCUAGAUGUUUAACCAAUUAUGACAAACUGUGAAAAUAAAGGAUUUUAUAUCUUUGCUAAUGUUUGUGGUUUUAAACAGUUAGUUUACUUAAUCAGUUAUCUUCCAUAUUAUUUUUAAACCUGUAAAUACAGUUAGAAAAUAGCUUUGUAAAUAUUAGCAGUUCAGUUUGGUCAGUAAGUCUUCAGGAUUGGCUCUGCUUUUUUUAGUGUGAACUCUUUCAAUAGCAUAAAAGGAUACUGUCGAUUUACUGUUCAGCAGAAUAUAAUGUAGGCCUAAAUUGAUAGUUUUUAAUGCAGUCUUCCCAAGCAUAAAUUAACAUUUUAUGCUGAAGCCUUUGGUUUACUUUUAGAUAAAACAAUGAGGCCUCAUAAUAUAUUUAGUCUGAACUUUAGGAAGAACAGCAGGAAUAAAAUCAAGGGCUGGGAAAAGAUUGAAUGAGCUUUACCUUUAAAAAUAUCUUAUUUGACUUUUUGUAUUAGUUGACUGUGACUCUUUUAUUGACAUUUUUCUAAACAGGUUUCAGAUGAAACCAUUGGAAGGGACUCAAAUAUGCAACACCUAAUCUAUUUUCCAAGGGAGUUUUACCCUUGAAUGGUGCUUUUUGACUGGUCAGGGUUAUUUAUUAAAUUUUAUAUUUGAAAGUAUUUGGGGAAUUGUGUAAAUUCUUUAUAUGAAUCUGUUUAGUUCAUUAAUUGUAAAUUUCAUAAUACUCAGUCAUUGAAACGGACGUUUAGUAAAGUCAUUCAAAAUGUUCAAAGUUUAUAAUUUAUGUGUAUUUUACAUAUCUUUUAACAAGUGCCAGAAUAGAUGUAUUUAAUAUUUUAGAUUUAAUGCUCCUUGCACAUCCCUGUGGCAGCAUUAUGUUAGUUAUGCAAGUUUACAUUAAAAAAAAAAAAAAAAAAAAAAGCCUGGGACACGUUCCUGUAUUUAUUUCUUCAGGGGAUGUGAAGCUAAUUAUCAGUAACUGAGCAGGUUUGCUUCUAGUUUACCUAAGUAACUCCUGCUAUAGCAAAUAAAACUAACUGCUGACCCUCCAAUUUACAU